AUGAUGAAGUUUAAGCCCAACCAGACCAGGACGUACGACGGAGAGGGGUUCAAGAGAAGAGCGGCGUGUCUGUGUUUCAGAAACGAGAAAGAAGACGAGGUGCUGUUGGUGAGCAGCAGCCGGCAUCCAGACCAGUGGAUCGUACCGGGAGGAGGAAUGGAGCCUGAGGAGGAGCCCUGCGGAGCGGCUGCCAGGGAGGUGUACGAAGAGGCUGGCGUGAAGGGGAAACUUGGUCGACUUCUUGGGAUAUUUGAGCACAAUCAGGACCGAAAGCACAGGACCUACGUCUACACCCUCAUAGUGACAGAGAUGCUGGAGGACUGGGAGGACUCCGUCAACAUCGGAAGGAAGAGGAAAUGGUUCAAGACUGAGGAGGCCGUCAGGGUGCUGCAAAGCCACAAGCCUGUCCACGCCGAGUACCUGCGCCGACUCACAGACUCCCGCCACCCCGCCUGUGCUCCCGUUUGCUCGCGGGCGACCGACAACAACGCGCCGCACUACGUGGUGUGCUCCACACAGGGCUCCGACCUGCUCAACAGAUAG